AUGGCGUCUAUGUUCGAGCAACCCAGGAACGGCACCCUUUUUCUGGGCGGCCAGAAGAUAUCAGGAUCCGACAUUCGUGAUCAGAACGUCCUCGCUACCCAGGCAAUCGCAAAUGUUGUCAAAAGCUCCUUCGGCCCUAGUGGUUUGGAUAAGAUGAUGGUGGACGACAUUGGUGACGUUACCGUUACCAACGACGGCGCCACCAUCCUUAGCCUUCUCGAUGUCGAAGAUCCCGCCGGAAAGAUUCUCGUCGACUUAGCACAGCAACAAGACAAGGAAGUUGGCGAUGGCACCACGUCAGUUGUUCUCAUUGCAGCCGAGUUACUGCGACGAGGGAAUGAGCUUAUGAAGAACCGCAUACACCCCACAACGAUAAUCACCGGCUACAGGCUGGCUCUCCGAGAAGCUGUAAAAUAUCUCAACGAGAAUGUCAGCAUCAAGGUCGAAAAUCUCGGACGCGAGUCCCUCAUCAGCAUUGCCAAGACAUCCAUGUCCAGCAAGAUUAUUGGCGCCGACUCUGACUUCUUCGCCGACAUGGUCGUUGACGCUAUGCAGGCAGUCAAGACCACCAACAACAGAAACGAGACGAAGUACCCCGUCAAAGCCGUCAACAUUCUGAAGGCUCACGGAAAGGGUACUCGCGAAUCGAUGCUGAUUAAGGGCUACGCCCUGAAUUGCACCGUUGCUUCUCAGGCGAUGCCCACUCGAAUCCAGGAUGCUAAAAUUGCCAUUUUGGAUAUGAACCUGCAAAAAGAAAGAAUGAAGAUGGGGGUUCAGAUCACUGUUGACGACCCUCAACAAUUAGAACAGAUCCGGGCCCGCGAGUCUGGCAUGAUUCUUGAGAGAGUCGAGCUGAUUCUCAAAGCUGGAGCCAACGUCAUUCUCACUACCAAGGGCAUUGACGACCUUGUACUCAAGAUGUUUGUCGAACGCGGUGCCAUGGGUGUCAGAAGGUGCAAAAAGGAGGACCUGCGACGGAUUGCCAAGGCCACUGGCGGUACCCUCUUGAGCACACUAUCUGACCUCAAUGGUGACGAGAAGUACGAACCCUCGUACCUUGGCCAUGCUGAUGAAGUCAGCCAGGAGCGCAUCUCCGAUGACGAGUGCAUCCUGAUCAAAGGAACCAAGGCUCACUCAUCUUCAUCGAUUGUUUUGCGUGGUCCCAAUGACUACUCCCUCGACGAAAUGGAGCGCUCAGUACAUGACUCCCUGUGCGCCGUGAAGCGGACCCUAGAAAGCGGCAGCAUUGUUCCUGGUGGCGGUGCCGUGGAAACCGCUCUGCACAUUUACCUGGAAGAAUUUGCCGGCACCGUCGGAUCCCGCGAGCAGCUCGCCAUCGGCGAAUUCGCCCAGUCCCUGCUCAUCAUUCCCAAAACCUUGGCCGUCAACGCUGCCAAGGACGGAGCCGAGCUUGUUGCCCAGCUUCGAUCACGGCACGCCCUGUCACAACGUAUCCAAGAAGGCGACGGCAGCGAGGAUGAAAAGACCAUUGCCAGAAAGAAAGGCUACAAGAACUACGGUCUGGACCUGAUGCGUGGCAAGGUUGUGGAUGAGCUGAAGCAAGGUGUUUUGGAGCCUAGCAUCAGCAAGGUGCGACAGCUGAAGAGUGCCGUAGAGGCUUGCAUCAGCAUCAUGAGAAUUGAUACCCUGAUCAAGUUGGAUCCAGAGCAGCAGGCAGAGGAUGAUGGCCACGGUCAUUAA